AUGAACAAGCUCUACAUCGGCAACCUCAACGAGAGCGUGACCCCGGCCGACUUGGAGAAAGUGUUUGCCGAGCACAAGAUCUCCUACAGCGGCCAGUUCUUGGUCAAGUCCGGUUACGCCUUCGUGGAUUGCCCCGACGAGCACUGGGCCAUGAAGGCCAUCGAAACUUUCUCUGGAAAAGUAGAGCUGCAAGGAAAGCGCUUAGAGAUUGAACACUCGGUUCCCAAAAAACAAAGGAGUCGGAAAAUUCAGAUCCGGAACAUUCCACCCCAGCUCCGAUGGGAGGUACUGGACAGUCUUCUGGCUCAGUAUGGUACAGUAGAGAACUGCGAACAAGUCAACACGGAGAGCGAGACAGCAGUGGUGAACGUGACCUAUUCCAACCGGGAACAGACCAGGCAAGCCAUCAUGAAGCUGAACGGUCACCAGUUGGAGAACCACACCUUGAAGGUCUCCUACAUUCCUGAUGAGCAGAUAGCACAGGGUCCUGAGAAUGGACGCCGAGGCUUUGGCUCCCGGGGUCAGCCCCGCCAAGGCUCACCGGUGGCAGCGGGGGCCCCCACCAAGCAGCAGCAGGUGGACAUCCCCCUGCGACUCCUGGUGCCCACUCAGUAUGUGGGCGCUAUCAUCGGCAAGGAGGGUGCCACCAUCCGCAACAUCACAAAACAGACCCAGUCCAAGAUAGAUGUGCACAGGAAGGAGAAUGCAGGUGCGGCAGAGAAGGCCAUCAGCGUCCACUCCACCCCCGAGGGCUGCUCCUCCGCCUGCAAGAUGAUCCUGGAGAUUAUGCACAAGGAGGCAAAGGACACCAAAACGGCUGACGAGGUUCCCCUGAAGAUUCUGGCCCAUAAUAACUUUGUGGGGCGCCUGAUUGGCAAAGAGGGGCGUAACCUGAAGAAGGUGGAGCAAGACACAGAGACAAAAAUCACCAUCUCCUCUCUUCUUCCCUCCCCACCCUACCUCUCUUCCCGGGCACCUCCACCAAAGAGCCUGGAGCUAAGUAUGGGGCUUCUGGCCAUUCUGCCACCCUGGGAACUGCAGUCUCACCUGAUCCCUGGGCUGAAUCUGGCUGCUGUGGGCCUUUUCCCAGCCUCAUCCAGUGCUGUCCCACCGCCCCCCAGCAGUGUCACUGGAGCCGCCCCCUACAGCUCCUUUAUGCAGGCCCCAGAGCAGGAGAUGGUGCAGGUGUUCAUUCCUGCCCAGGCAGUGGGCGCCAUCAUCGGCAAGAAAGGGCAGCACAUCAAACAGCUCUCCCGGUUCGCCAGCGCCUCCAUCAAGAUUGCUCCGCCCGAAACACCAGACUCCAAAGUUCGAAUGGUCAUCAUCACUGGACCCCCAGAGGCUCAAUUUAAGGCUCAGGGCAGAAUCUAUGGCAAACUCAAGGAGGAAAACUUCUUCGGUCCCAAGGAAGAAGUCAAGUUGGAGACCCAUAUCCGGGUGCCAGCAUCAGCAGCCGGCCGGGUCAUUGGCAAAGGUGGCAAAACGGUAAAUGAGUUGCAGAACUUGACUGCAGCUGAGGUGGUGGUGCCAAGAGAGCAGACCCCUGAUGAGAAUGACCAGGUCAUUGUCAAGAUCAUCGGGCAUUUCUAUGCCAGCCAGAUGGCUCAGCGGAAGAUCCGAGACAUCCUGGCACAAGUUAAGCAGCAGCACCAGAAGGGACAGAGUAACCAGGCGCAGGCGCGGAGGAAGUGA